CGGGACAGGAGGGUGGGAGCUGCAGACCGAGCAGGGCGACCAUCACCGCACCGGAGGGGGACACACAGCCAGCCACACAUUUCCCUGCUCGCCACAGGAGUGGAGUCAACAUGUCCUCGGUGGUAGACGGGAAACGUGUCUUCUAGCGAAGCGACCAGCGACUGAAUCCUCCUCGGCUCCUGUGAACCUUUUCCUCCCGAAGAUGCCCGUCAGCGACCCGGAGAGCAUCCUCAGCUACCAGCGUCCAGAUGAGGAGGUGGUGGUGGACAAGGGGGGGACCAGCUCAGUGCUCAACAUCCAUUAUGAGAAGGAAGAGCUUGAAGGCCACAGGACUCUGUUUGUUGGAGUUCGAAUGCCCAGGCAGAUCCAUCGCCACCACAAAGCCCAUGGCUCUCGACACCGCAGGAGAGAUAAAAGGGCGGAAAGCACUGCAACCCAACCAAGCGAGGAAAGUGAUUCCACAAUAUCAUUUCAGGAUACCCCUUCUCAGCGCGUCCGGUUCAUUUUGGGCUCAGAGGAGGAUGAAGAACAUGUGGCCCAUCAGUUGUUCACUCAGCUGGAUGAGAUUUGUGUGAAAGACAGAAGUGGCUCGGAGUGGAAAGAAACAGCCAGGUGGAUUAAGUUUGAGGAAGACGUGGAGGAUGGAGGCGAGCGAUGGAGUAAGCCCUAUGUGGCCUCUCUGUCCCUCCACAGUCUGUUUGAACUCCGCAGCUGCAUCAUCAAUGGCACGGUGCUGCUGGACAUGCAUGCCCAGUCUCUUGGGGAGAUCGCAGACAUGGUGCUGGACCAUCAAGAAGAAUCUCACGAGCUGGACGAGAGUGUACGCGAGAAGCUGCGCGAGGUCUUGCUGAAGAAACACCACCACCAGAAUGAGAAGAAGAAAAAGAUGCCCAUGGUGCGCUCCUUUGCUGAGGGAUCCAGGAAACAGUCUGAGGCUGGCCAAGCUACGUCUCCGCAGCCGACGACGUCCGAGCUUUCCAAAACUGCCGUGGGACAGGAUGCUACUCCGGCUGAAUUCACUAAGGUGGAUAUGAACUUCAUGAAGAAAAUUCCAGAAGGAGCUGAAGCCUCUAACAUACUGGUCGGGGAGCUUGAAUUCCUGGAGAGGUCCAUUAUUGCCUUCAUCAGGCUUUCUCCAGCCGUGCUGCUCAGUGGACUGACUGAAGUGCCCAUACGGACCAGGUUUAUCUUCAUUCUGCUGGGCCCGAUUGGAAAAGCUGCUCAGUACCAUCAAAUCGGCCGCUCCAUGGGAACUGUCAUGACGGAUGAGAUUUUCCAUUACGUAGCCUACAAGGCUAAAAACAGAAAGGACCUGUUGGCUGGGAUUGAUGAGUUUCUGGACCAGGUGACGGUCCUGCCACCAGGAGAGUGGGAUCCUUCCAUCCGCAUUGAGCCGCCCAAAAGUGUCCCAUCUCAGGAGAAGAGGAAGAUGCCGAUGGCCCCUAAUGGCACCGCCUGCCAGGCAGAUGACUUACCCCAUGCUGAUCACCAUGGCCCAGAGCUGCAGAGGACAGGAAGGUUGUUCGGGGGGUUGCUACUGGACAUUAAAAGGAAGGCUCCCUUCUUUGUGAGUGACUUCAGAGACGGUCUCAGUCUCCAGUGUAUGGCCUCUUUCCUCUUCCUCUACUGUGCCUGCAUGUCUCCAGUCAUCACCUUCGGAGGCUUGCUGGGUGAAGCCACUGAGGGGCGCAUUAGCGCCAUCGAGUCCUUGUUUGGCGCCUCAAUGACCGGAGUAGCCUACUCUCUGUUUGCCGGACAACCUCUCACCAUCCUGGGCAGCACCGGGCCUGUGCUGGUUUUCGAGAAGAUCCUCUUUAAAUUCUGCAGGGAUUACAGCCUUUCCUAUCUGUCUCUGAGGAGUAGCAUCGGCUUAUGGACAGCUUUCCUGUGUUUGCUGUUGGUUGCCACAGAUGCAAGUUCCCUAGUGUGCUACAUCACCCGCUUCACAGAGGAGUCCUUUGCAUCCCUCAUCUGCAUCAUCUUUAUUUAUGAAGCCUUCGAGAAAUUGAUUCACUUGUCGGAAAUCUAUCCGUUCAACGCACACAGCGACCUGGACAAACUCACUCUGUCAUACUGUAGGUGUGAAGCUCCUGAUAAACCCAGUGAAAAAACAAUAGCAAUGUGGAGCCAGCGAAACAUCACCCAGGAGAAUGUGCAAUGGGCCAACCUCACCGUCAAGGAGUGCAUCAGUUACCAUGGGCAAUUUGUUGGGACGGCCUGCGGACACCGCGGUCCCUACACCCCGGACGUCCUCUUCUGGUCCACCAUUUUGUUCUUCAUGACCUUUGCCAUGUCUUCAUUUCUUAAAAUGUUCAAGACUAGCCGUUAUUUUCCAACCAAGGUGCGCUCCAUGAUAAGUGAUUUUUCAGUCUUUCUUACCAUCGUCUUCAUGGCUCUUCUGGACUACUCUGUCGGCGUUCCCUCUCAGAAAUUGAAAGUCCCCAAUAAAUUCCAGCCCACCCGGGGUGACAGGGGUUGGUAUAUCAGUCCAAUAGGUACGAAUCCGUGGUGGACUGUCCUGGCAGCGGCCAUCCCCGCGCUGCUCUGCACCAUCCUCAUCUUCAUGGACCAGCAGAUCACGGCUGUCAUCGUGAAUCGGAAAGAGCACAAGCUAGUGAAAGGCUGUGGGUACCACCUGGACCUGCUGGUGGUUGGAGUGAUGCUCGCUGUGUGCUCCAUCAUGGGUUUGCCCUGGUUUGUGGCUGCCACUGUCUUAUCUAUCUCCCACGUCAACAGCCUGAAGCUGGAGUCUGAGAGCUUGGCUCCUGGGGAGCAACCUCGCUUCCUUGGCAUUAAAGAGCAGAGGCUUACGGGCCUGUUCAUAUUCCUUCUGAUGGGAUGCUCUGUAUUCAUGACCGGAGCCCUUCAGAUCAUUCCGAUGCCUGUGUUGUACGGAGUUUUUCUCUACAUGGGAGUGUCUUCAUUGAAGGGCAUCCAGUUUUUUGACCGCCUGAAGUUGUUUGGAAUGCCAGCAAAGCAUCAGCCAGAUUUCAUCUAUCUUCGCCACGUGCCCUUGCGGAAGGUCCACCUCUUCACAGUCACCCAGCUGACAUGUUUGAUAGCGUUGUGGGCUAUAAAGACCUCCCCUGCUGCCAUCGUGUUUCCCAUGAUGGUGCUGGCGCUCGUCUUCAUACGCAAACUGAUGGACUUCUGUUUCUCCACCCGAGAGUUGAGUUACCUGGAUGAUUUAAUGCCAGAGUGGAAGAAGAAAAAUCUUGAUGACGCUUCUAAAAAGAUUGUGGAGGAACCAGUUGUCGACUCAACGGAUGAGAACACAACAGCUAUUGCGAUGACCAGUCAGAGCUCUGCGCCUGAGCCACCUGAGCAAGCACAUGAUCCCAGGUCCGACCCGUCUAAUAUUAAUAUUUCUGCUGAAAUGUCUAAAUCCACUGUGUGGAUAUCCCUCGAUUCCAACCAAAGGGACUGUCGAUCAGUGGUUGUUGAGAAGGAUUGAAGGGCUGGACUUCAUAGAUGAGUAAAGGAUGUGAUUGUGACUGGACCACUGCUGGAAGAGGACUCGACUGUUUCAACCUUUGGGAGCUUCAGUGUCUCUUAUGCUGCUCACCUGCAGUACCAAGCAGCAUCUCCGAUCAGAUGCAAAGACACCGACACAUACGCUCUCAUGUUACUGCAGAAAAUAAACCAAGCCAGGUACCAUAGUUAUUAGCUAUAACUAGCACAGACCUCUGUGUUACCGUCACCUCUUAGUGUGAUUGUUUUUUACAAGUGAUUUGCCAAACAUUUUAUUUAUUUAUUUAUAAAUGCAGUUAUGCAAGUGCUUACCAAAACAAAAGUCACAAAUCAAAGUAAAAACUCACGCAGAACCAGCUGUUACAUACAUUUAAAAGCAUGGUUAAACAUCCUUAGUUUAAAUCGGCUGUCAAAAGAGGUGUGAAGUUGAUGUAAAAACCAGUCCUCCUGGCACAUAUAUUUAUUAUUGUAGUGCUAAACUAAUGAUAGUUCAGGGCGUCAUACUGCAUUGUUUUUUUCCGCCAUUUAUUUCGAUUUUUCCUUAGAUUCUUAUCUAAACGUGCUGGGGGAAUGUGAGGGUUCAGCAUUAUUUACCCAGUGUUACCCACAAAGCCACUACUCUGAUCUACUUUGUGUUUUCCAUUCUGUACCUUUUCAAGAAAAUUAGUAUGCAAAACAAUUGGAAAUUAUUCACUGUAGACACCUCAAGAAAGCACAGCUACUGCUGCUUCAGCUGCAAGCACACAAACAAUAUUUAUACUGCUGUGAGAGGAUAUAAAUAUGCACGUGUUUCUUUGCCUUACUUGAGAAAUUAGACUGGAAUAUUAGUUAUUGUGGGAGCUGUCUGUAACACUACAUGAAUCAGGAAUGUAUGAAUUCUGAAUCUUGAAUAUGUGUGAUGGAGUGACGGUUAUUUUAAGCAAUAAUUUGUUCAGAUAUAAUUUAUGUGUUUAACCGCUGACUGUUUUUCUACUCGUGUAUUCGAAGUGUUUCAGAUUUCGACCAAAAGGCAUUUACGAAGUCACAUUGUGAUAGACAAGGAGUCAAUAUGAUGAAAACCUGUGCUUCAUUUGGCAUUGUGAGUCACGUCUGUAGAAAGUAGCACUUGUCAUUGUGAGCGCUGGUGCAGUUUUCUAAUAUUUUAGUUGAAGUAGCACUUUCUGUAGAUAUUAAAAUUAUAUAUUUUAUUUUUCUGAGAUCUAUCAUUUAUUAGAAUAAUUUAAAUAAUAUAUUUUACUCAGUUUUCAGUUCAUUUCCAGUGUGUAUAGACUUUGUGUGAUGACUGAGAUAAACCGUGGCACACGACUUUUGAUGAGGGGAAAUCUAAACAAAAAAAAAUAAUAAUAAUAAUAGCAUAAAAAAAUACAAAUGAUUCAUCGUAGAAUCCUUCCUCCACAGCAGUAACCCACUCUGUUACUGUCCGAAAUACCUCUUCCAAUAUUCCUCUGGGAAUAUUUUUACAUGUGUUUCUGCCUCGAGUUUUAAAAUGUUGUCUUGGGAAUCUGUUAUUAUAACUCAUGGGCAUGACUCUUGUUCUGCGGCUGCAAAUAAGUGAUUUGACUGGGAAGGAACUUCGAUGAGACUUAAAUCACCAUACAGCAGCAUUUGCUUUAUGACAUAUAUAACAUUACAUGUCUUGAUCUUUACAAAUUCAUGUAUAUGUAAAUGUCUGUAAUAAACACAGUGGAAUGUCACGACCUUCUUGUAACCAGGAAAGUCAGCUCAUCUAGGUGGAUGUAAUGUAUGUAAAGUAACACUGAACAUGUGUGCCUGUCCUUCACCUCGCGUUACAUUACCACGCCCUGUUCAUCAGCCUGGUCAGAGUAGACUGUCACAAAUGGAUUGCUGUGUGUUAGUCUUGGCAGGACGGAGAGGCAGUGAUGAGGAGACGGGUGAAAGAGGUCAGAUGGUUGGUGGAUUUCAGAGAGAAGAGAACUUGUACUGCAGGAAUGUGGAGUCUGGCAGCCAUAGAAAGAGGCAGGACCUGUCUCUUUCAUCUGAAUGUUUUUUAAUGUAUGUGUAAUGUCCUUUUUUGAUGAGAAUUAAACUAUUAUU